AUGGCAAUGAUGAAGUCCGGUUUCUUCUUGUUCAUGUCAAUUCUCUUUCUCACCUCUUCAUUGUCAUAUGGUUACAAGUUCAACGUUGGUGGCAAAGAUGGCUGGGCUGUGAAACCCUCACCAUGGUACAGUCCUUGGGCUCACAAAAACAGGUUUCAAAUCAAUGAUACACUCUAUUUCAAGUAUAACAAAGGAUCUGAUUCAGUGUUGGUGGUAAAUAACCAAGACUACAAUUCAUGUAAUACCAACAAUCCAAUUCUCAAAAUGGACGGUGGAAACUCAAUCUUCAAAUUUGAGAAAUCUGGUCCUUUUUUCUUCAUUAGUGGAAAUGUUGAAAAUUGCCAAAAAGGUGAAAAACUAAUUGUGGUGGUUUUGUCUCCAAACCACCAUCGCAAACAACAUGGUGGUCCAUCAUCAUCACCAACUCCGGCUGAUUCACCGGCAGAGAAUACUCAUUCACCAAAUUCAACCGUUGAUAAUACUCCGGCGAAUUCUCCGGCGCCUUCGGGUUCAACUAUGUUAAGUGGUUCUAUUGGUGUUUGUGUCGGGUUGGCUUUAGUGUUAGGAAGCUUUGUUUUCUAA